CGUUUACAUCAACUUGCUCUGUUUAGACAUUUUGUUGAUGACAUUUACAGGUCUUGAUCAUAAUGUUUCUGGGCAGGGAGUGAGUCUGGCCCAGGCAAGAGAGAAGGGCCAGCUAGUGUUUUUUGAAGGACUGAAGAAUUCUAUUGGAGUUAUAUUACAGGAGGACACCAGUCAGGAGACACAACCCUUGAGUUAUCUCAGGACCCCAGGUGCUGGACUGGAAGGUCUGUUCAGAUUUGUGGAACGUUCUGUGCGUCAGAGUGGAGAUGGUUAUGCUGGUGAAUCAUGGGGUCCUCCGGUGUUACUCAUAGAUGAUCUCAGUGUGCUCCUGAGUUUAGGUGUUAGUGUUGGAGCGAUACUAGACUUUACCCUCUACUGCCAAGCUGCUGUGUGCUCUGAGUUACAGGGAAAUGUGGUUAUUCUGGUGAGAUGUGAGGAGGAGGAUGCAGAUGAUGAUGAAGAGGGAUCAAACCUGCUCCAGAGGGGACUAGUUCAUCAGUGUAACUUGGCAUUACAUGUAGAGGGGUUACCAACGGGCUACUGCAGGGACAUACAUGGACAGAUGGAGGUUUGGUGGCGACAGGGAGAAGAGACCAUCUACAACCAACGAAAAAUAUUUCAUUUUAAAGUCCAUGAUAAAGGAGCAUCGUUUUUCGCUCGAGGGACUUCUAGUGCUGUUCUCUAAGUUUUCAAAUGAAUAUAUAAGUUUUUCACACAAUCUCUUACUGAAAUAAUGUCAUUAUGAAGUUUGUUUUAUAUAAAUACAUAUAUUUGUUUGUAUUUAUCACCAGUUGCUGUUGAUUUGUUCACUUGUUUGCUGAGACAAUUUAGUGUACUAAUAUAAUGAGUGCUUGUAACAUGUACAUCAAGAUCUGGAACGAUGAUGCUAGUUGAUGUUGUUGUUUCAAGGAACACAAGAACAAAGAAGAGCUCAAGAAAAAAUCCAUACCUAGGUUGGAAAUAUUUGAUUUCUCACCGAAUGAG